AUGUCCAAACCCUCAAUCGGCUUCGUCGGCCUAGGCGCCAUGGGCUUCGGAAUGGCCACGCAUCUCGUGAAAGAAGGCUACGCAGUACACGGCUUCGACGUGUUCCCAGCCUCAGUAGAGCGCUUUAAGGCCGCAGGCGGGAUCCCAGCAUCUUCACUACAGGACUCAGCAAAGGAAAAGGAUUUCUACGUGUGUAUGGUAGCUUCCGCGCCGCAGGUGCAGAGUGUUCUGUUCGGCGAUGAUGGUAUAGUUGCAGGUAAAACACCAACACCAACAACACCCAUUCCCAACGCCCUCAAAUCCCGAAAUAUAAAAUUAACUCACAUCACAGCCCUUCCCAAAAAUGCAACCCUCCUCCUCUGCUCCACCGUCCCGGCAUCCUACGCCCAAUCCGUUGCCGCAGAGCUGACAUCCUUCGGAAGAAGCGAUAUAUCCUUCAUCGAUGCACCCGUGUCCGGCGGCGCACUCCGCGCCGCAGCUGGUACAUUGUCAAUCAUGGCCGGUGCACCAGAUGUCGCGCUGGAGAAAGGCCGGUUCCUACUACAGGAGAUGUCGGACGCUAAUAAGCUGUACCUUGUCCCCGGCGGAAUUGGCGCAGGUAGUAACAUGAAGAUGGUGCACCAGGUGCUGGCGGGUAUUCAUAUCCUUGGUGCUAGUGAAGCUCAGGGCUUUGCCGCGCGACUGGGGUUAGAUGCCGUGAAGACGGGUGAGGCGAUUAAGUCCAGUGCGGCUUGGAGUUGGAUGCACGAGAAUCGGUUGCAGAGGAUGUUGGAUGAGGAUUGGUAUCCUGGUGCUAGUGCUUUGACUAUUAUUCUUAAGGAUGUGGGGAUUAUCACAACUUCUGCGAGACAAAGUCAAUUUCCGACUCCGCUAUGCUCCACUGCUGAGCAGGUUUAUUUGUCUGCUUUGUUGCAGGGUUAUGGUCCUGUUGAUGACUCGUCUAUGGUAAGGCAGUAUUUUGCUGAGCCGAUUACCAAGGUCUCGUCUACCAUGUCUGAGGAGGAGACGACGGAGGCCUUGCAGUUGGUGUUGGAUCUGAUGGAGGUGACUAACCUCGUUGCGGCUGCGGAGGCUAUUUCGUUUGCUCGCUAUCUCAAUGUCGAUCUCAAGCAGUUUUAUACCCUUGUUGCUGAUGCUGCUGGUGCUAGUCGGCAGUUUAUGACGAAGGGGUUGGAGAUUAUUGACGGACUUGGACAGGGCACGAAUGGGGAGACUGUUGAUGAUGCUACUUCUCGUCUAGAGAAGGCUGUGCAGAAGGCGCGCGACCUCCACUGUCCUUUGAAUCUUGGAAAUGCUGCUUUGAGUGUGUUGUUUAUGGCGAAGAAGUCUGGGUUAGGGACUGAGGGGAGUGCCAGUGUGGUGAAGGCUUUUGAACAUUAG